CAAAAAUGUUUAUUACAUUUAAAUUACAACAAAGUUAUAACCUUAUAGGCUAGAUAUAGCAAACUAAACUUUGACACAUGGAGACCGUUUGGUUAUAGCGUAAUACAGUAGCUUUAUAAUGUAAAGGGUGUGACAUCUGUUCAAGCGUACUCUGACACAAAAAAAACUAAACCAGUUCUAAGGAUCCCAACAUGACUGAUUCACAUUUAGUGUUCAGUUAAAGGUUCUUAUAAUCUCUAACCGUAACCCGAAUACCAAUGUAUGUUGUGCUGGAGCAGAAACACCGGAGGACUUGUCAGUACAGAACUGAGAUCAGACAUUGAUAGAGAUGAAGUUCAUUUAUGUGAUUUUACUGAGUGUUACUGGAAUUACGCAUUUAAAAGCAGAUGAGUAUGGUGUAGUUGGACCUGUAGGUCCUGUGAUGGGUGUAUCUGGUGAAGAUGUGAUUCUGCCCUGUUCUCUGAAACACAACAUCAGUGCUGUGGACAUGAGAGUCGAGUGGUUUAGACUUGAUCUCAAAGGAUCAGUGGUUCAUCUCUAUAAAGAUCAUGAAGAUAAAAACACAGAUCAGCUUCGCUCCUAUAGAGGAAGAACUCAACUGUUUAAAGAUGAACUACAGAAAGGAAACACAUCACUCAAACUCUCAAAAGUUGACAUGUCGGAUGAAGGAGUUUAUAAAUGUUUCAUUCAGUCGGAAUCCUGGUAUGAUGACAUCACUCUUGAUCUCAAAGUUGAAGAUCAAAGUCACUCUUGGAAGACAACAGUGAUCCUCGUCUCAGUUUUUGUUUUGCUCUGUCUGAUCGGUGGAAUACUGAUUGCUUUCUUUAUCCGUAAAAAGAAAGAGCUACAGCGUAAGAAAGAAAGUGCAGAGCAGAAAAUACAGUAUGAAAACAGGAAAAUAAAUAACGAACGUGAGAAACUCUUACAGAAAGAAAACAUGACUGUAGAAAGAGAGAUCGCAUUGUUAAGAAAAUACGCAGUGAAUGUGACUCUGGAUCCUGAUUCGGCUCAUCCACGUCUCGCUGUGUCUCCUAAUGAGAAACAAGUGAGAUUUAAAGAACAAACAACAGUGGAGGAGGGAGACGCAAAGCGAAAUUACACGUUUGAUACACGUCAUUGUGUUCUUGGAAACGAAGGAUUUACCUUCGGGUUUUUUUACUUUGAGGUAAAGGGGAAGGGUUUACCUGCAUGGCAUGUAGGUGUGGCCAAAGAGUCUGCUUACAGAAAAGGCUCCAUCAAUUUCAGUCCUCAGUAUGGAUACUGGGCUGUGCGUAUAAGAGACAAAGCAUUUGAGAAAUGUACAAAUCCAUUGAAUCCUCCUCCUCUAAGUGAAGAGCCUCAGACGGUCGGGGUGUUUGUGGAUUUUGAGGCGGGUCGGGUCUCGUUUUAUGAUGUGGACUCUAAGCGUCAUAUCAACUCCUUUACUGAGCAGACAUUUGAUGAGAAACUGUAUCCUAUGUUUUAUUUGGGUCAACAGUUGUCUGAAGACCCUGCACCGCUCACCAUUUGGGAUCUCUCGUGAUAAAAAUAAAAAUCCUGCAGGGUGAGGAUCCCAAACUGGGACUUUUUACAACUUGACUGUGUGUGUUUUGGGCAUACAGUAGAUGUGAAGCUCGGUAACAUGAAAAACAUAUUCAUGUCAGUUUUGUGGACAAAGCAACAAAAGAUUUAUUGUUGAGGUUUAAUCUACAGCUGAGGAUGCAGAGAUGUCGACUAGAUGAACUGAGGACAUGAGGAAAGUCCAGAUGACACUUUGUGAAUCAUUUUGUUGAAUAUAAACUGAAGUUGUCAAGACAUUUCAGCUUUAAAUAACAGAGACAAUCCUUUCCUGAUGGAUGAAGAGAUGAAGUGCUGAAUCUUGUGACACUUCACACGAGACAUGUUUUUACUUCUCUUGUAUAUUGUGAUGAUUGUGUAUUCAAACUAUACUGUAUAUUUUAUCAGUAUGUGCACCUCCUUGAGAAUUGAACCCAUCAUGUCGGUGUUGCAAGCAUCGUGUCCUACUGAUGUAAAUGUCUGUGUUCGUUUUAGUGUUGUAAAUGUGUAACACUCGAUGUGAGCCAUCUUUUAUUUUCAGUAACACUUAAGUUGACUUUUACUUUAGAAAUAAUCUAACCUUUAUAUCAUUAAUAGCUUUAUUUUUCUUCAGUCUCAUGUUUAAUACUUCAUUAAAUCCUCAGCAUACUUUAUAUUUUUAUACUUCAUGUGACUUACUAUUACCUACAAAAUCCAUACACGUAAACUUUAAGGUUUAUUAAAGUUUAAAAUGUUGUAAGGAUUAACAUGUAAGAAGUAAACAUGGACUUCUUAUUUCUCCACAGUAAUGAAGAUGAUUGACACAAAUGCAGUUUCAUGUGAACUUCUGUGGAGACAGAAUCAAGUUUAUUCAAUGACUGACACGGAGUCGUGAAUUAUUUCUUAUUUUCUUAUUUUUACUUUACUUUCUAUUAUAAUUUAAUUUAUUACACUAUAUGAACACCAACUUAAAGUGUUUUAACAAGUUCACUCCACGUAAGCACUAAGUUAAGUGAAUUUAAAUAUAUAUAUAUAUAUAUAUAUAUAUAUAUAUAUAUAUAUAUAUAUAUAUAUAUAUAUAUAUAUAUAUACGGUUUCAUCGGACGCACGUGAUACACGUCUGGAUCCGAACCUUACUUCCGGUUCCGUUUUUUAAUGGUCUGACUAGUUGCUAAACUGAUCUCUGGAACAAAUGCCUCGUCGAAAAUAACAAAUGUUUUGGUUUCCUAUGUAAUCUAUGUGUUGUUGUUUUUUGCUUGUUAUAUUAAUAAACUACGUUUAAAGAACUUUGUUGUUAUUUAUUCUUAGCGGAGUUUACCGGAAGUUACGUGCGGACCGCGACAGCCGCUUGUUUAUGUUGUUACUGCUGAAACGGCCUAUAUAUAUUUUGGGACCAUUAUACUGGUAACUCAACCCAUUAUUCCUCAUUCAACACCCUUAAUAAAGAAAGCAGAUGUAACUUAAGCUAAUAGUUUAAUAAAUUUUUAUAUAUAAUUUGGCACAACUUUAAACACUAAACUGAAUGAACUCAAAACGCUUUGCAGUUAGUUGCUUAACAUCUGAUGUAAAGACACACAAAACUGGAAAGUCAAGAGUUUUGAAGUCAUCAUCUGAUUGGUUGAUUUUCUGAAGACGUGUUUGUCGUGUUCGUCUACCUGGAAAAACCCCUAACAUGAAACUAUACAAAUGAAACUGUUAUUGGUUGCUUAACAUGUCUGUCAGACUCUUGGGCAGUGCUUGGCUUAGAUGUACUGUACGUGGCUCACUGAAGGGAUUUUUCAGGCUGUGAACAAACAUGUUGCUAUUACAAGUAUGAAAACCAAAACUAACAAGUAACUUACAGAUGGCAGAGCAUUGAUGAAUCUAGAAAAUGCUUUAAAGCGCUGCUAUUAUGGGUUUUCACAGCUUUAGUUAGUGUGUAUUGUUGCUGUUUGAGCAUUUAUUAAAAAAUAUGCAAAACUACAUUUGUACAUUAUUUGAAGAAAUGUGAGUGGUGCUUAUGCUGUGAUAAAACUCAAGACAAAAAAUGUUACAAUGUUUCAUGUAUUUAUUUUGAGAAGUAAAAUUGUAUACCUUUAAAAACUGCAGAGCAACCCAACUUUGCAUCCAUUAAUAGCUCAUCAUUAUUAGUAUGUAGCUAUUCACUGCUAAUAUGUGUGGCAUGCUGAAAGUCCUGUUUAAAAGAGCCAACCCCCAUGGUUGCUAGGGUACUGUCUUUGGUUGCUAGGGAGUGACUUGGAAGCUGCCAAUGAUGAAACUCCAAAGGCUGCUUGGUAGUAUGAAUACUUUGGGCUGGUGUUGCUAUAGGGUGUGAACAGGAAGUGAAGUCUAUGAAACUGGUUACUAGGACAUGGGUUGAUAGCUUUAUGAUCCCGAGAAGCUGAUU